GCCAAAGGACGCUUCUGCACAGGACUAGUUUCUUUUGCUGUUAAAAUCUUAUAGAAUAACAAUGUUUUUAACGAUAUUAUUAUCGGUUCAUUUAUGCUUAUGUAUACAGACGGUGUACAGUGACCCGUGUGCCUCGCAACCGUGCGCUAACAAGGGGAUUUGCACAAGUUUAAAUGGCAUCACAUUCGAGUGUAAGUGUCAGAGACUUUUCUUCGGUGAACGUUGUGAGAAACAAAAUGAUGCUUGUAAAAACCAUGCUUGUAAAAACGGGGCUGUAUGUCGUGCAGACGAGCAUGGAGACUAUCAUUGUGUUUGUCCCGCGGGGUACCGAGGAACGUUUUGUGAGAUUGACCAUGAUGAUUGUUUACCGUCGCCAUGUUACAAUUCAGCCCUGUGUAUUGAUAAAAUCGAUGACUAUAAAUGUCUAUGCAACGAAUCUGGAACGACUGGAAAACACUGUGAACUUCGUGAAAGUGAUCUGAAGAAAUGUAUCAGUGAAUGUCCCGAUGGUAGCAUGUGCUGGAGAAAUUACACCACAACUCUAACUAUCCCGUGGGGAUAUGGGGGAAAUAUAUGCAACACUCAGCAUUCUUGUUUUGGUAAGCAAAAUAAAAGUGAUUUAGAGCACCUUGAUUACUUUAUCGACGUGCAGUUACACCCUGUACAGAUGCAGUUAGGUGAUGUAUUAAACUUUACUUCAGAUAACAGUAUUUCAGCAGCUGUGAAUGGUCUAAUGCCUAGGCUUAUUCCAGUUGAUGUUUACAAUGAUUCCAUGUCGUUUGUUAAUUGUAACACUACCAAUGGAACACAGUUAGUCACUUCACCACAGCACCAUAUUAUUGUAAACAACACUGAACUACUUCAUAUUGGAGUUCAUUAUUUUAUAAUGAAUAUUGAUUUUACAUAUCGUUGUGAUUUUGGCUUACGGUUAAAUAUCAGUGUAAAGGAACAUGAUUGUCAGAAUCCAGAGUCAGUUCAUGGAGAAAUGUGUAGCAAUAAAGGACAGUGUCAUACAAACUUCAACUUGGCUCACUACCAAUGUCAAUGCUGUGGCGGUUUCCGGGGGAAAUAUUGUGACAAACGUGACUAUUGCUUCAGCCAGCCUUGUAAAAAUCAAGCUGAAUGUUUGAAUAUUGAUAACAGUGUUGGUGAAGACAAGUACAAAUGCAGAUGCAAACCUGGCUAUGAGGGUAAACAUUGCUCAAUUGAAAAGGACAUGUGCCAUAGUCAUCCCUGCAGAAAUGAUGCAAUAUGUCAUUCUUUGGUGAACUCUUACCGCUGCCAGUGCAAACCUGGUUACACUGGUCGCGAUUGUCGGGUUAACAGUGAUGAAUGCUCAUCAAUGCCUUGUAAAAAUAAUGCAACUUGUGUUGAUGGUAUUGCUGACUUCUCUUGUAUUUGCCCAAGUGGAUUCACAGGUAUGUUUGUCCAUUAGAGAUAUUUAGUUAUAUAGAACUCAACCUGGCAUUUAUUGUGUAUGUAACUUAUUCAGUAUUUUAUUGAGCGCUACAUGUUCUCCCCUUGAUGAAUAAAAUCAUAGGGCCGGCAAUGCGACUUAUAAAUGGUAGAUUGGGAGUGGGGGUUAACCCAAUGUUGGCCCCUCCAGUGAACUAUGUUUCCCCUCAAGUAAACAAUUACUUGGUUAAGAAGAGUGUUUUAGCAUUCCUUAAUAUCUGAAAAAAUUGUGCCUAAAAAUAGGCUAAAAAAUAUAAGAGCACCAAGUUCCUGUACAAAUAUAAGUUUCCACUUUUCCAGUUCACCACUUCAAUACUGUAGUCAGGCACAAGCUCUUGGUGGGAUUAAAGGAAUACCGAAUGGUUUUCCGUGCAGGAUUGCGUGAUCCAUGCCAGGCACGGAUUUUCUGGGGGGGUGCGGGGGGGUGCGCACCCCCCCAGAAAUGAUUUGCACCCCCCCAGAAAUGAUUUUCACCCCCCCCCCAAAGGCAUGUGGCACCCCCGUAAAUUACAUAUAUUUUGAUUUGAUAGUUUCAUAUUUGAUUAUUCUUACUACUAAAUUUGUAAAAUUACCAAUAUUAUGGUCUCAGAUCUCACCAUGCAGGCCUAGAAAACAAAUUUUGCUAAACUUUUUCCUUGGCCUUUCCGGGCGUUGCCACCACGCCCCGGCCAAAGCAAGCAGCAGCACCCCCCCCCCAGAUAUCUAUCCACCCCCCCGAAUGAAAAUAUGAAAAUCCGUCUCUGAUCCAUGCACAACGGAUGUUGCGAGACUUUCGGAAAGCGUUAAAAUACUCAAGCCAAAGGCGAGUGUAUUUUUAUGCUUUCCGAAAGUCGAGCAACAUCCCAAGUGCAUGGAUCACGCUAUCCUGCUUGGAAAACCAUUUGGUAAUUGUUUUAUAAAAUGACUACAGUGAAACAAUGACAUUCAAGAAUCCAGCCUGAUCCUGCACGGCUAUUGACCAAUCAAAUUGCGUGUUCACUGUAGUUAUUAUAUAAUCAGGUCAUUCUGGCAGGAGAUGUGGUUGCUAACUAAAAUUUUUCUCUCCCAAGAUUUAUUUCCAAGUCCUGCCCUUUUUUGAUAACAGUAUUACACUAAAAUUUGACACUUCAAUGCUUUUGUAAUAUUUUGAUAUAGGUAGCCAUUGUGAAGUUAACAUCAAUGAAUGUGCAUCAAAUCCAUGCAAACAAGGUGUUUGCCUUGACCAGAUCAAUUCCUACUACUGCUCAUGUCCUGCUCAUUACACUGGAGUUGACUGCAACAGUCGUCUUAAUGAGUGUUCAUCACAACCAUGUUUACAUGGCGGUGUUUGUGUUGACAAGGUGACAGAUCAUGAGUGUCAAUGUGGUUUGGGAUAUGAAGGGAAAAACUGUGAAAAAGAUAUUGAUCUUUGUAACAAACCUGAAGUCUGCAGUAAUUUUCAUACAUGUACUGAUAAAGGCAGUCAUGUUGUCUGCACAUGCAAGUCGGGUUUUACAGG